AUGGCUUUCCUUGAGAAGGUUCACUUCAUGAUGCUCCUGCUCGCCAUGGUUCUGGUGAGCAUGGGCUUCGCUCAGAAUGUGAAUGCCUUCGGUGAGGCCUACGAUGUCGUUGGCCAUAACGCUCAUGGUCUGGAUGAUUUCUCUGGUCUGGUCCCUAAUGCUUUCAUCCAUGCUGCUCGUGCUGUCUCCGCCACUGCAACUGAUGUGACUCGGGUUACCAUCUCCCUCGGGCCCACCAGCACUUCCGAGAUCUCUUCCACCCAAACCGAGGUGACCCGUGUUACUUUCUCAAUUGAGCCCAGCAGAACCUCCGAGGUGUCGUCCACUCCAACUGAAGUGACUCGCGUUACUAUCUCGCUCGAGCCUACUGAGACUUCGGAGGUUUCCACCACCGAGACCGAGACUGAGCCUUGUGGUGGCGAGGAGACCACCUUGACCUUCAGCAUCUCUCCAACCAGCACUGGUCCUGCCUCCACCCCUGCCACUGGAACUAGUACCAAGGUCACCUUGACCAUCAUCCCCACGAGCACUGCCACUGAGACUGAGACCGAGACCGUGACCUGCUCUCACUCCUCCGCAUGCCACACCAAGGGGACUACCUCGACAGGUUUCGGGUUCACCAUCUCUCUGACUAGCACGAUCAUCAACAAGAGCACUUCUUCUAGCGCCCCUGCUACUUCGGCUAGCACCCUGACUACCAAGCCUUCCACUCCCGGCGUCCAGGUUACCAGUACCAAGAACACCGUUGAGACCACCCCUCUCAAGACUGGUACCACCGCUGCCGGGACCGCCACUUCCACUGCUGUCUUCAACGGUGCUCAGAAGAUGGAGGGCCUCAACAAACUGACCGUCACUGGUAUUCUCCUGCUUGUCUGCAAGCUGGUUCUGUGA